UGUCCACCUUGACCAUGGCUGAGGUCAUCUGCAUGGCCCUCCUCUGCUGCUUGCUAGGACCAGCGCUUGGGCUCAGCAGCCUCCAAGAUUUAAACUCUGCAAGGACUCGAAGGGGCUUGUUUGGAACAGGAGGAGGACUUCUCAGUGGUCUCCUUGGAGGUGGAGACAAAGGCGGUGGAGGACUUCUUAGUAGUGUCCUUGGAGGUGGAGACAAAGGCGGUGGAGGACUUCUUGGAGGUGUCCUGGGAGGUGGAGACAAAGGCGGUGGAGGACUUCUUGGAGGUGUCCUGGGAGGUGGAGACAAAGGCGGUGGAGGACUUCUUGGUGAUACCCUUGGAGGUGGAGACAAAGGCGGUGGAGGACUUCUUGGAGGUGUCCUGGGAGGUGGAAACAAAAGCGGUGGAGGACUUCUUGGAGGUGUCCUGGGAGGUGGAGACAAAGGCGGUGGAGGACUUCUUGGUGAUGCCCUUGGAGGUGGAGGACUUCUUGGAGGUGUCCUGGGAGGUGGAAACAAAAGCGGUGGAGGACUUCUUGGAGGUGUCCUGGGAGGUGGAGACAAAGGCGGUGGAGGACUUCUUGGUGAUGCCCUUGGAGGUGGAGGACUUCUUGGAGGUGUCCUGGGAGGUGGAAACAAAAGUGGUGGAGGACUUCUUGGAGGUGUCCUGGGAGGUGGAGACAAAGGCGGUGGAGGACUUCUUGGUGAUGCCCUUGGAGGUGGAGGACUUCUUGGAGGUGUCCUGGGAGGUGGAAACAAAAGCGGUGGAGGACUUCUUGGAGGUGUCCUGGGAGGUGGAGACAAAGGCGGUGGAGGACUUCUUGGUGAUGCCCUUGGAGGUGGAGGACUUCUUGGAGGUGUCCUGGGAGGUGGAAACAAAAGCGGUGGAGGACUUCUUGGAGGUGUCCUGGGAGGUGGAGACAAAGGCGUGCUUGGUGGUGUCCUUGGUGGGGAUGGAGGGAAAGGAGGAGGUCUUCUGGGGGGUGUCGGGGGUCUUCUCAAUACAGCCAAUGGAGUCCUACCUGGAGCUAGUGGUCUCCUGAAUGGAGUUCUGAAUCAGAAACAACUUCUUGAUCUCCUGACGGGUCAGAACGGUCUUCUUGGACUGACAGAUGCCCUCAGCUUACUGGGAAUCGGAGGCCUCGGAGAGCCAUUCCAGUGGCAAGAUUUACUGAACAUUCAUUUUAUCAGAGGAUCGUGGAAGAUGGUACCCGGGACGCGGUUAAUCCUCAACUUCCAAUCGCAGAUCGUCAUGAAAUUGCCAGGGCUGCUGUUUCGGACUAUCACCGUGGAUGUGGACAUCACUGCAGACCUGGCCAUCACCCAAGACAAACCUGGUGACCUCAAGUUGGUCCUUAAUAAUUGCAAAAAGCUUGUGUCUGGUUUUACCGUCAAGCUGCCUGCAGGCCUGAUUUCCUUGCUGGUCAGCAACAUGGUCAACUUGGCCAUUCAGAACACCCUGCCUGGAAUGUUCUGUCCCAUAUUUCAAGUCUGGUUCGACAUCAUCAAUCUGCAACUCCAGAUUCUCAACAAAUACUUCACCUUUGGGCUCUUGGGCAAAAUCCACACCGCCCUCUCCACCAUGCCGAUCUCAUCCGGAUAUUUCUCUGAGCUGGAUUUGAAGGACAAGCCAUUCCCAGGAUUCUUCCUCCAGUGGCUCCUUGGACAUGCGAAGGUCAACCCGAAGGCCGAGUGAGAUGCUCCAGGAAACCAAAGGCGAGAGGCCGCCCACCCUGGAUGCCCGACUCCUGAGCAUCGUCCAAGGGACGCCCUUCCCCAGGAGCCCGUCUGCGGAAGCCUCACGCCGCAAACAUCUGGAAUGUCUUCCUCUCCCAGCUGUUCACGCUCUUUGCAAACCCACCUGGGAGACGAUUAUGCACCCCGGGGCGAAAUAAAAGCAUGCAUUAAAAACAAAUGAAUACAUUGCUUAAA